ACUACGAGAAUCAAAUGGAAUUCUUGCACAAAAAAUACUUAGAGGCAGCAGCCACUAGCAAUUCACUUAAAUUAGCCCGCCUUGAGGCUAAUUUGGUGCCAUUUAAAUCGAAAAGGACUAAAAUGUUGGCUCAGAAGUCAACAGAAAUAAACGACUCAGGGAAGCAUAAUGGGCUGGAUUGUGAGGUCGACUCAACAAAAUCAGUCAUUAGGAAAACUGAAAACAAUGAUGAAAAGUUACUGACGAUGAUCAAAAACAAUAAGACGCGACUUAGGAAGCUAUACAAGGAGCUCGACCUGAACACAUCUGAUGAGCCUUCUGGCAAGAGAGAAAAUUGUGUUCUGCAUGUAAACUACAAAGAACAAGAGGCGGCAUUGGUGUGUCAGGUGAGCACGGCCAAUCUGGGUGUACUAAAGCAUCGAUUGUCCAAGGUGCUGCUGAAAUAUAAAUCACGCUUUCGCCCUGUGCACAGUGUUCCGAGUCUCUUUAAGCAAAUGGGCCUCAUCCAUGCGCUUAUGAACUGCAAGGCUGCAAUAGACUUUGCUAGCUUGGACGAGCAGCUGAAACGCGAUGCGCACUCUUGCCAGGCUGAAGGCUGCCAGAUUGUUAGCAUUGAAAUGGGCGCACUAUGCUUUCGGUGCCAUCCAGAGGGUAUACCAGACGUGGCUGCAAAGCUUAAGCUGUGCGGCUACAAGCCGCUGCUUACAGAAAUUGGUUACUAUUCCACUGAGCCGCUUGUGAAGUUGACUGCGGCGCAAAUGCGGCGCUAUUCGGAGUUCCUCAAGGCGCUGCAGGCAGACACGGAUAUUGUGAAGAUCUAUGACAAUGUGCAGAACUCUGUGCUAAACUCCAUGUACACCGGCUGAAUUGGCAGCUGGCAAAUUUAUGUGUGGGCGAUGAAUAAAGGGG